GAUGCCACUGGCCACUGCCGCCGCUGCCGCCGCUGCUGCUGCUGGGUUUACAUUGAGCCAAUCGCUUCGCCCACCCGACCCAACCCGUGCAGUUACAUCUCGCGCGUACGACUUUAGCAAGGGGCUGCUUGAUGAACUGAAUAUCAUUUUGUAGCUCCUGCUUAUCGUUCCCUACCCCACCCCCUUUCACCCCCCCCACCCCCCUCUCUCUCUCUCUCUCUCGUUCGCUCCUUUUGGUUUGUCUCACUCACACACAUAACACACACCCACACCACACACACACAGAGAGGUAUCCCUUUGGCUGCAGGCAGGGCUGAACGAAAGUCAGCGUGCGAAGGUUCUCCUCCCACUCCCCACCACUGCUCGCGGGUGUUGACAGCGGCUAUGCGUUCAAGACCAGCGCUCAAAGUAAACAAGGCGCGCUGCGGUGGAUGGAUCUUUUCUUGAGCACAGUUGGGGUAACAAGAACGUUCGCUUGCACGUCGCAAGCAGACGCCCUGAACUGAAGGAUUUGAACUCCCAGAAUCAAGAAAAUAAUUGGCACUUGUAUGACGUUGCCUUCACUGCAAAUCAGUCGGAAUGAUGCCACAGACUGAACUCCCUUUCCUGCUGGCCUUCAUUAGUCAACUUGUAGCCCAGGACAACCGGCAGCAUGGGCCGGUGUUCGUGGAAGAGCCCAGCGACGUGAUGUAUUCGGUGGAAUCAACGGAAAGGAAGGUGGUCUUCAGCUGCCAGGCACAGGGGAACCCUUCCCCCACGUACAGGUGGAUGAGAAACGGCACGGAGGUGUCUGUGGGGGGUCGCUACGGCGUCGUGAGCGGGGGGCUCGUGAUCUCGCACCCGGCCGAAGGGAAAGACGCCGGCACCUACUACUGCCUCGCCUCCAAUGCCGUGGGGACCGUGCGGAGCAGAGAGGCUUCCCUGCAGUUUGCUUAUCUGGAGAGCUUUCGCACCAAGCAUCGCGGUACGGUGGCCGUGCGACAAGGCCAGGGAGUGGUGCUCAUCUGUGCCCCUCCGCCGCACUCUGCAGAGCUCGCUUUCGACUGGGUAUUCAACGACUUCCCGAUCACCGUGCAGUCAGACGGACGCCGCUUCGUGUCGCAGGCCACGGGGAACCUGUACAUCGCCAAGGUGGAGAACUCGGACGUCGGCAGCUACACGUGCGCCGUAACCAACGUGGUGACGAGCACGCGAGCGCUGAGCCCGGCCACACCGCUCGUCCUCAAGUCCGGUGGAAUCAUGGGUGAGUAUGAGCCCCGGAUCGAGGUCAGCUUCCCUUCGAAGACGCACGUCUUGAGAGGGGAUAUGGCUCGCCUGGAAUGCUUCGCCCUCGGAAACCCCGUUCCCCGGAUAUCCUGGAGAAAGAUCGACGGAGAUCUGCCCACCAAGGUCGUGCUGUCCAAGUCGAACGCUGUCCUUGAACUCCCGAACGUUCAGCCAGAGGACACUGGCUCCUACGAGUGCAAGGCGGCGAACUCCGCCGGAAGGAACACGGCUCAAGGCAAGAUAACCGUCUACGCUCCUCCACAAUGGCUUGAGCCAAUUAGCGAUGUGGAGCAAGGCCUGGGAGACACGCUGCAGUGGGAAUGCAAGGCCACAGGCAAACCGCAGCCUGCAUACAAGUGGAUGAAAGAUGGGGUGCUUGUGGGCGCAGAGGGAAGGGUGCGCGUCUUGGAAAGCGGCGAUCUCAUCGUCGGCAACGUGAAGCCGUCGGACAGAGGAAUGUUCCAGUGCGUCGCAGAGAAUAAACACGGACGCAUUUACUCCAGCGCCGAACUAAGGGUCAGAGCGUCGCUGCCAGAUUUCAAAAACAAUCCCGUGCCCAGAAUCACUCCGGCGGCUCGGGGCGGACAGGCUGUUAUUAAGUGCGAGCCAAGAGCGUGGCCCAAGCCCACCUUCUCGUGGACCAAAGGAAACGCUCUCGUCCGCCUCGGAGAAAGGAUAAGCAUACUGGACAAUGGAAGCCUCUGGAUCGAGAGAGUCCUGGAGGGUGACGAAGGUGGAUACACGUGCACAGCUGAAAACCAACUUGGAAAAGCCAGCAGCACCGGCUACCUGGAUCUGAAAGAGUCGACACGGAUCACGGUGCCGCCGCUCCCCAAAAUGGUGACGGUGGGACAGAGCGCGGUGAUGCCCUGCAGAGCCGCUCACGACCCUUCGCUUGACAUCAUGUUCCUCUGGUCACUCAACGGGCAGCCCAUUGAACUGGACAAGACGAGCGACCACUAUCACCGCUCCGAAGUGUGGCAGAAGCAGAAUUUCGGUGACCUGACGAUAAAGAAGAUCCAGCUGAGGCACGGCGGUAAUUACACGUGCUGGGCGCAAACGGUCGUGGACCAGGCCGUGGCGACAGCGGAGCUAAUGGUGCGAGGUCCUCCAAGCCCUCCAGAAGGGGUGCUCGCUGACGAUGUGACCGACACAACUGUCGUGCUGUCCUGGAGCCCCGGGCUAAACAACCACAGCCCCAUCACUGCCUAUAAAGUGCGCGGCCGAACGCCCUUUACUGCUGAUUGGCAAGACGUCAAGACGGAUCCAGAAAAUAUCGCAGGCGACUCAGAAAUGGUGAUGGUGGUGGGACUGACGCCCUGGAUGGAUUACGAAUUCCAGACAAUCGCCACCAAUCUCCUGGGAGACAGCGACCCCAGCGCGCCAUCCAGGCGCGUCCGGACGUUGGCAUCUGCCCCCAGAACACCUCCAAGUAACAUCGGCGGCGGUGGUGGACACGCUCAUGAGCUUGUUAUCACGUGGACGCCCGUGGAGAGAACGCAUCGCUACGGGCCCGAUUUUGGCUACAUCGUGGCCUUCAGGGAGAACGGGACGAUGCCCUGGAGGAAAGUCACCAUUCCGCUGGCCGAGUCCUUCCGAUACAUAUACCGCAACGAGAGCACCAAGCCGUACACGGCCUUCCAGGUCCAGAUCAGGGCGUACAACAUGAACGGAGAGAGCGCCUUCAGCGACAUCACCAUCGUGCACUCAGCGGAAAACGAACCUAACGUGCCUCCGUCAAGCGUGACUGCAAGGAGCCUGUCAUCCAAGGAAGUAGAGGUGAUGUGGAGACCAGUUCCACUCAAUGCAAGCUUGGAACGUGUGCAAGGAUAUGAAAUCGUGUUCUGGAAAAGUGGCGAGAGGGAGGACAUGGCGGAGAGGAUCAGGGUGGCCGGCUCGGACACGGCUGCUCGCAUCUCGGGGCUCAAGUGCAACACGCAAUACGAGGUUGCGGCGCGCGCCUACAACAGCGCAGGGGUCGGACCCCCGAGUGAAGUAACGACGGUCACCACCAAGAAAUCACCACCCAGCCGACCGCCAUCUGGCCUUCAGUUACGUCGCGACGGUGGAAAAGUGACCCUCGACUGGGAGAACGUCGUCGCGAGAGAAGAUGAGUCUGCGGUUACGGGAUACAGGAUCACGUAUCACUCGCUCGAAGGGACCGCGCAGAAGGAGAUCGUGACAAACCAGACGUAUGUGGAGCUGACCUUCCCUGACAGCGAAACGUACGUCAUCCAAGUGAGGGCCCACAGCGAGGACGGAGAGGGCCCCGCCAGUCCCCAGCUUCGUAUCCGGACUAACCCCGACGCAAACGCGGACAACUCUAGCACAUCGAAGAGAGGCCCGUCAUUGCCGGCGCACGUCUUGUUCAUUAUCCUGGCUAUCGUCCUCGCGACACAGGGUCCUCUCCCGUGAAUCAGCAAAACUGAAGAUCGCAUUGAUGGAUUUCCUCCCAGCGGGAAAAAAAAUGAUUCGAAGCUUAUGUAGAGCUUUAGAAACCUAAAAUUGCACUGGACUAAUCAUGGCUUAUUUUAAUUAUUACGAUAUACUUGGAAUUUGCAGCUGUUCCUUUAAAAAAAUGCUUGUUUAUUCAUUCAGCCUAUAUAUGAAAACAAGAUGUAAUAAAUAAACAAAUCGCAGAAACUACUGUACUUUUUUACUGCAGUAGCUUUGUUUUACAUGUUUUAUACCCUAAAAGAAACAGCUACGUUCACACCUCUUCAUUGUGGUCACGGGACAAAUGUCGAGUGCUUUAUGGUCGUGGCCCUUCCAAGUAGCAGACACAUUUUUAUUCCUUCUGAAUUGAUGUCGUACUAAGUUGCAACGAUUUACAUUCGGAAUUCACAGUAAUUGCAUACACCUGGAUAUUGAUUUUAUUUGCAUAAGUAUAUAAUGUUGGAAACAUUAUUUGUUUUUUUUUAAAGAUGAGCAAUGAAUGUUGGAAUGAUUGACAGUUCACUUACAAAAAUACGAAAGUUCGUUCGUA